CCGACAUAUAGGAUUUAAGUAAUAUUAUUCAUUCUCCGGCGUUGAAAAUAUGAAUUCGCAAACGUUAUCUGUCGGUCCGAUUUACGCUCAGAAACUUCUCUUUUCAAUCAAAGAGAUGAGGAAAGAAAAAUUUGCUUGUGAUUUUGUGAUUAAAGCUGGGAAGAAAGCAUUCAACGUGCAUCGGAAUAUAAUAUCAGCUGCGUCAAACUAUUUCAAAGCAAUGAUUUCCUCUGAGAUGAAAGAACGUCAACAAGGAUAUGUUGAGAUGAAAGAUGCCCAUCCGCUUAUACUCGAAAUCUGUAUAGAUUUUAUAUACACAGGCCAUGUGGAACUAAGUGAAUCAAAUAUUCAAGAUAUUUUGCAUCUAUCCAACUUUUUGCAGUUGGAUGAACUUACUGAUCUCUGCUUUGAAUAUUUACAAGCGAAUUUGACUUGUCAGUGUUGCCUCCAAACCAUAGAACUCGCUAGCCUUUAUAAUCGACAAGACGUUGUUGUUAAGGCAGAACUUUUUGUAGUGGACAAUUUAGAAAAAGUUAUUUCAAAUGAAAAUUUUACAUCAAUAGUGUUCAAAGAUCUUUCGUACUAUCUUGAAGCAUCGAAAUCACCUUAUAACACCAAGUGGAAAGCAGUUACCACCUGGCAUGAUGACAAAGAGGGAAAAGUAGAUAAAACUUUAUUCACUCUUAUGGAAUUGCUUAAAAUUAAGGAUUUUCCUUUCGAUUUUGUGCUGGGAACUAUUUGGAAAGAACCGCUGUUGCGGAGAAGUGUAUCUUCCACCAGCCUAGUAUUCGGAAGACUAUUUUCAGACGUUGAAGAAAUUAUAGAAAAUUUGACCAUUGAUAAUUUCUUGAUCUUGAAAAGUUGGGCGAAUAAUCAAAAUAUAGUAAUAACUGAAAACAUGAGAACGGUAAUGAAUGAAUUCAUGGCUGAAUAUUUCGAACAACUUUUGUAUAAAAAUGAGUUCUUCCAACUCGACGAAAAAGAAAUAUUUUUUUUGUUUCAAUCUAGAAAUACCAAAUAUUCCCCUGAAUUAGUCAAGUGGAAUGCUGCAUUAAAAUGGACAAAGCAUAUUGAUUCCAGAAAAAUGUGUUUUCCUGGCUUAUUGAAAUUAAUCAACUGGCAUGAAUUUUCUCCUAAUUUUAUUCGACAGAUUGUCAGAUACGAAACGUUAGUGAAAGAAUCUCGUGAAAGUGAAACGAUAUUACUAGAUGCAAUCUAUUCCCGACCUGAGGUCAAUGAAACGGGACAUCCACAAAUUGCAUGCUUGGAAUCGGAAACGGGUGAGGUACGGGCGUUCGAUACUAAAUGGGAAACAUGGCAUUUACUCCCCAACGUCUCCAAAGGCUAUCCGAUGCAUAUAGUGAAUGUCAAUGACAAGCUGUAUGUAGUGAGUGGAACGGAUCUCUUUGUUUUGGAAGAUAAUCGGACGUGGAAAAAAACUACCGUCGAUGAAUAUCGGAGAAAUAUGGCGAAAAAUCGCAUCAUUUCAGGGGAAAAUUUAUAUGGUAUGUGAAAAAACUAUUUCGUGUUUUUAUCCCAUUCAAGAUACUUGGAAGGAAAGACUUCUAGGUUGUGAAUUGUCGUACGGUUUUUGUGUUGCAGCAUCUGAAGAAUUCAUUUAUGCAAUGGGAGGUAUUAAGGAGGGUAACGAGGUAAAACGAUUUGAUCCAAAAACGAUAAAAUGGUCGAAUAUUACACCCAUGAAAUUUGCAAAAAAAUAUUCAGGAGCUGCCGUCUUUAAUAAGAAGCUUUACGUUAUGGGAGGAUUAUGUACA